AAGAAAGAAAAAGGCAAAUGACGAUACCAAGUAAUUUGCCUUUAUAAAGAAGCUCAAGGACUCCUUUGAACUUCCCCCUCUCUUUUCUCUCUUCUUCCCCUUCCUUCCCUUUGAAUCUCCUGGUUUCUUGCUCCUUCGGCUUCUUCUAUCUCUUUGCAUUUUUCUUCAAAUGGGUUCCUUUGUGGAGGAGUCCUCGGGUCUGAUUGUUACGCAUCUGCUAUACAAGGUAGCUCUUAUAAUUGCAGUGGCGAGAUGGGUGUUGUGUUGGGCUCUCAGACUCAGAGACUGGUGGAGUCUCUCCUCUUCAGCCCCAGAUCAUGACACAGAGUUUCCUCUUCCUCCUACUUCUACUUCUACUUCUACAAGCACAGCAGUGGCUUCUUCCCAGAUGAUAAGAGACAACCUCGUACUUACAACGUUGCGAGAUCUCACAGAAAGACUGCCGGAGAAUGGGAAUUGGGACACGUGUGCUGUAUGCUUGAAUGGGUUAAGCAAGGAGGAUGAGAUUAGGGAGCUCAGGAACUGUUGUCAUGUAUUCCAUAGGGAAUGCAUUGACAGAUGGGUGGAUGGUGCUCAUGACGAUAAUCACACCACCUGCCCUCUCUGUAGGGCUCCUUUAUUGACUUCUUCCCAGUUCCAUAGCUUGAGCUUCGUGUCCAGGGCUCAGCCCAGCUGGGCCGUCGAGAGACUUCUCUACCUUUUUGGGGAUGAUCUGUUAUUUUGAUUUGAGAAAUGUAAUAUCGACUAGAGAGCCUCAUAUCGAUGAUAAAAUCAUUGAUUAUUUCCUAAGGGGUUUGAUGUAUCAUUGUAUAUAGGAAGAAAGGAAGGAAGGUGUCGUUGGCAUGUAGUUGUGAGGGUGAGUGGAUUCUUUUGUCAUUUGAGAGGACAAGAAAGGAAAAACAAGAUAGGAAACGAAAAAUAAUGAAAAGCAAAAGUGGGAAAAUGCAUGAUGCUACUGUAGUCCCAAUUUGCUAGUGCUUGGGGAUUUGUAUAUACAUGUUUUUUUGCAGUCUA